AUGUCUGUCUCGUCCAGGAUUGCGUUUUGUGGAUCGGUUCGACUGGUUUCGUCAAAAGCCUAUGCUCAGGGAUAUUAUCCCCCAAAUAAAGGAUUAGCGGAUCUGGAUACUUUUGCGCGCAGACACUUGGGUCCCAAGCCCCAAGAUGUUGAUCAGAUGCUUUCUGUGGUGAAAUGCUCAGACCUCGGUGAAUUUAUCAGCAAGGUUCUUCCGGAAAACGUUUUUGUCGGAAGACCUCUCAAGAUCAAGCCUGAACAGGGAUAUACUGAGACCCAGAUGCUGAACCGGUUGAGGGAAAUCGCGUCCAAGAACAAGUUAGUCAAAUCUUACAUUGGAAAGGGUUACUAUAACACUAUCCUUCCUGCUGUGAUCCAGCGGAAUUUGCUUGAAAACCCUGCUUGGUACACAUCCUACACUCCUUAUCAGCCCGAGGUUUCGCAAGGACGGCUAGAGAGUCUUUUAAAUUAUCAGACCAUUGUUUCGGAUCUCACUGGACUUCCAGUGGCAAACUCAUCUCUUCUUGAUGAGGCCACUGCAGCUGCGGAAGCCAUGAUUUUGUCCUACAACCAAUUGCGUGGAAAGAAAACCAAAUACUUUGUUGAUAAGAACACUCAUGAGCAAACCAUCGCCGUCUUGAAAACUAGAGCCUACACUUUGGGAAUUGAGCUUGUCAUUGAUGACCUGAGUAACGUUGAACCCGUCGCAGGUGAGCUGUGUGGUAUAUUAGUCUCUUAUCCUCAAACAGAUGGUACCAUCCCUUCUCCAGAAGACCUUGCCAAUAUCGCCGAAAUUGUGCAUAACAACAAAGGUUUGGUUGCAGUGGCCUCUGACCUAAUGGCUUUGACUCUUCUCAAACCUCCAUCUGAAUUUGGUGCUGAUAUCGCUUUGGGAUCCUCACAAAGAUUUGGCGUUCCUAUGGGUUUUGGAGGCCCUCAUGCGGCAUUUUUUGCUGUCACUGAAAAGUUGCAAAGAAAGAUUCCGGGAAGACUUGUGGGUGUCACAAAAGACAGGCUCGGUAAUCAGGCUCUUCGUUUGGCACUUCAGACUCGUGAGCAGCACAUCAAAAGAGAAAAGGCUACUUCUAACAUCUGCACUGCUCAGGCUUUACUUGCCAACAUUGCGGCCAACUACGUGGUUUAUCAUGGUUCCGAUGGUUUGAAGGCCAUUGCUAGUCGGAUUCACGGUCUUACACGCAUUCUUGCCGACCAAAUCACCAAACAUUCUCCACAUACCGUUCUCAAUGCCACUUACUUUGAUACGCUCUCUGUUCAAAUUGAGGGUACUGCAGAUGCAUUCGUUGCCAAGGCCUUAAAUGAGUAUAACAUCAACUUAUUCAAAGUCAACGAUAAACAGAUCCAAUUGUCUCUUGAUGAGUCUGUUACCAAAGACGACUUUUCCAAGCUCGUGGAAUUGUUCACUUCACAAACGACAAGUUUCGACAGCCUUCAAGGUCUUCCCGAAUUCCCUCGCCAGCUCUCCAGAACGGACAGGAUUCUCACCAACCCAGUCUUCAACACGCACAAUUCGGAAACAGCUAUGUUGCGCUAUCUAUACAAGCUACAGCAAAGGGAUAUUUCUCUUGCAUCUUCCAUGAUCUCUCUUGGCUCCUGUACCAUGAAGUUGAAUGCCACAACGGAAAUGAUUCCAAUCACGUGGGCUGAAUUUGCAAAUAUUCAUCCCUUUGUGCCUAGAGACCAGGCCAAAGGCUAUUUGGAAUUGAUCACAGAGCUUGAAGCUGAUCUAGCGGAUAUCACUGGGUUUGCUAAAACAACCCUUAUGCCUAACUCGGGUGCACAGGGAGAGUACACUGGUCUUACCGUCAUCAGAACUUAUCUAGAGAGCAUUGGCCAGGGCCACAGGAAUGUGGUCUUGAUUCCAGUCAGUGCCCACGGAACGAACCCAGCCUCCGCUGUUAUGGCAGGCCUCAAGGUGGUUCCAGUCAAAUGCCUAAGCAACGGGAACCUUGAUAUUCAGGAUCUCGAAGCUAAAACCACGAAGCACGCUUCCAACCUUGCUGCUAUUAUGAUUACGUACCCAUCGACAUAUGGAAUGUUCGAGCCUACAAUUAGGGAUGCUGUUCGCCUCGUCCAUGCUCAUGGAGGCCAGGUCUAUCUUGAUGGCGCAAACAUGAAUGCUCAAGUGGGAUUGACUUCUCCGGGAGACUUGGGAGCUGACGUUUGUCAUUUGAAUUUGCACAAGACUUUCGCUAUACCUCAUGGUGGGGGUGGUCCAGGUGUGGGGCCUAUUUGUGUUGCAGAGCACUUGAAGGACUUUCUUCCAAAACACCCUCUGUUUGCGUCCACCAACACUGCAUCGACUGCAAUUAACCCUGUUUCAGCUGCGCCAUUUGGGUCUGCCUCGAUUCUGCCCAUUUCCUACGCUUACAUAAAGAUGCUUGGAGCCCAAAACCUGCCUUACGCAUCUAGUUUGGCUAUUCUGAACGCCAAUUAUAUGAUGUACAGACUUCGCGACCACUACAAGAUCAUGUUCUUGGGUGAUGAGUCGGCACACCAUGAAAUCAAAUACUGCGCGCACGAGUUUAUCAUUGAUUUGAGACCAUUCAAGGAAUUUGGAAUCGAGGCCAUCGAUGUCGCCAAGCGUCUUCAGGAUUAUGGCUUCCAUGCUCCAACUAUGUCCUUCCCUAUUCCAGGAACUUUGAUGAUCGAGCCUACUGAGUCUGAGAACCUAGACGAGCUCAAUAGAUUCAUCGACUCGAUGAUUUCAAUACGUAAAGAGAUCGAGGAUGUCAAAAAUGGUGGCAGCGCCGCUCUACUGAAAAAUGCUCCUCAUUCGCUUAGAGACUUGUUGGAGACCAAUGAAAAAGAAUGGCAAACUAGAGGAUAUUCAAGACAGCAAGCUGGCUUUCCACUGCCAUUCUUGAAAGACUUCAAGACCUGGCCUUUCGUUGCACGUGUGGAUGACACUUAUGGAGACAUCAAUCUGAUGUGCACCUGUCCUUCAGUUGAGGAGGUUGCACAACAAUAA